UCCUCUAUAACGACAUUCGAGUUGUCAGUUGUUGUUGUUGUUUUUUUUCUAAACAUAGUGUGUUACAAGCCUGUUGAACAAAAGGGUGACUUUACUAUGUAGCCAAAUAAUUAUCUAGUUCUAAACGUGUCAACAGCCAUAAACUUCCUAUACAAAUGUGUGCCUGCACUAGAUCAUAGACACCUCAAAACUUGAUGUAAUAAAACUAGUAUAGGCGAUGGUAAUACAUUCCAGACAUUAGCCAUGAUGAAGUUCACUUUUCAGAUUGAGGAAGAAGACUUAGUUCUGAGAUAGGUGCUGGCUAGGGACGAUCAUUAUUGUGCGCUUUUUAUUGUAACUGAGACAGAAGUGAUAGAAAACUGUUAUUAUAUACUGAAUAGCUAUUUUGAUCUUUUGAAAGCUUAAGGAUGUUCAGGACAACCACACUUUGUCUUCAUAUGCUGGUUGUGUCUGAAAAAAAAAAAAAGCUACACUUUUAACUUGACACAGUGUAAAAACGAAUUUGUCUCUAUAUCGUUCAAUCAGCACUGAUUAAGAAUCCAGUCAGUUACUGUAUUCAAUAAGAAGAUUAUUUUACGUUAACUGGAAAGUGAUUUCAUAAACUUACCUUUGAAACCGCUUAGUACUCCAUCUUUAACCGCUGUUAGAAAUGACAGUCCGAAAAGGAAAAGGGGGACGCUACCGUGCGGGUUUUUUCCAAUGUAGGAUGCUUAGAAAUGUACUGAUCAAAAUAAUCAACAUCUAUCAACCUUUUCAUAUGAUAAAAUACAAGUAUCAUUUAAUUCUAGCAUGUUUGUAUAUAUCUUUUGAAAAGGUAAAAUGGAUGCCUAUUAAAGUACCAACAAUAUUAAACAUUUGGAAACAUUGUUUUUAGUAUUUCUUUCAUUCGGUAUAGAACUUCAACAUAACAGAUCUAAGGAAAAAGUGUGGAUUAGAAGGGAAAAAAAGUUAGGAAAUAUGUUUGCAUUGCAAUGUGAAUUUACCUGGGCAGAAUGUCUUUUCAAUGACAUUUUUUUUUUUUUGUCUCUUUCAUUCUGUUAAUGGUUGAAUAUUUCAUGUGAUAUUUGUGUUGUUCUCUCCAAAGAAAACAUGUGUAUUGGAAGCUGUCUAUGGAUCACAGUGUUCAGGGAAUGGCAUGCUGUGUCAUAGGAAUGAUCCUUGAGUGCCUGUGUACAAGUGGAAUUUUUUGUUUUAGAUCUGUUCAACGCUGUUUCCAAAGACUUUUAGAAGCACACUUUUCGUUGCAUCUUUUUACGUGAUCUUUCAAUAAUCUGACUUUUUUUUCCCCUCAUCGGGCUAUUUUCUUUUCCAUUUUACCAUUUUGAUCAUGGAAUAUUUAUAAAGUGCCAGUGAUGAAACAUGCCUGCAAAUGUAGAACCGUUUUGUUUAUAAUCUGUCUGUGCUUUCCAUCAGAUCUGUAGAAUGGUUGGGAAUAUGCUAUUUCUUUCUUCUACAAAACUAAAACAUAAUCUGUGUUGCUUGGUGUGGUAACCCUGUCGUUAGGUUAUAGAUCCAGACUGGUAUACCAUUGUAAACUUAUGAGUUGAAUAAUACUUAACUUUAAUAAAAACGUGUGCAAUUUUUUUUAUAAUAUUGUAUAUAUAUAUAUACAGCCUUCUUCAAUGUAGAUGUAUGUAGAAACACAAGCGAAAUAGGAUGUUGAACUAUUGAAAUAAAAGCAGUACAAGAAACACACGUCUUUGUGUCUCUCAGUCUUUAACGUUCACCGUGCCUUUUUUUCCCACCACCUGCCAUAGUCUUACUGGUUGCAUCAGAAUCUUUUCACCCUAGCAAGCGCCCACAUACCACUUGGGAUGAUUGAAACAGCUAUUGCUCUACGUCCUGUAUUCUGUCUUGUUAAACUCUUCAUUUUGUAUCCUAGCUACAACUUUGAUAGAAUGUAACUAGCCUCGUCCGUUGCGUGAUGGACACGGUAUUGUAUUUUUGUGUUCUCUUUCUAUCACUAAAUUCAAUCAUUUAGGCUGAUUGAAAUGUCCGGCUUAAUUGACAAUCUGCACAGUAUUGAAAUGAUAACUGGAAUGCUUCUCUUUAAUUUCGCAUUAGUAAUGGAUCUAGAAUGAGUUUGUUCACAACACUGUUCUGAGCCGGUGCUGCGUUUCUUAUAUUAUGACGAGUAUAGUGUCCAUAGGGAAAAGGCUAUAGAUCUAGAUGAAGGAAUCUUAAGGGCGAACUGACUGGAAGAAGCCAAGUGUCACUGUUGCUAACACACAAGCCCAAUAACACUGCUUGAGCUUGUCCCAUUGCAUUGCGGCGUCCGUCAGGGCAGCAGCAUCGACCAAGCAGCGGCGGCAGCCCAGACUUGCUAACUAAUUGUAGCCUUGUCAGAAACACGCACGUAGACUUAAAGUGACCUGCGUCCGAAGGAGUGACCACAAACAAGCAAUCGCUGCUCUAUGUAGUAACUGAUUGUGUAGAGACUUAGUUCCAUGUUUUUUUAUUUCCAAUUGCUGGCACUGAUGAUUUAAUUUUUUUUAAAACACGUACACAUUUACAUAUAUGUCAAUGAUCUCUUUGGUUAUAUACACAUAUAUAGCCUAAACAGUUGUUGAACUUAGUGUUGUGUUGUUAUACCCCCCACUCCUAUACACUUUGCUGUAUUGCAACUGUGGACGCAUCUAUUCUUGUAUUAAUAAUAUUCUUCUUCUCUGUUCCGCAAUGUCUAACAAAAGCGAUUCUGGCAGCGAAGACACAAGCCCUGUGAACGGUGGGUCAGGACAGUACGAUGACGAUGUCUGCCGUGACUACAUGCGCAACGUUUGCACCCGUGGCAAGAGGUGCCGGUACAGACACCCUAACCUGGACGAUCGCUCUGACCACUCCACCCGCCACGACCUGACCUUCUGUCACGAUUACCAGAACAACGGCUGCAAUCGUCCCAACUGCAAGUUUUUGCACUGCACACGUGACGAGGAAGAGUAUUUUCACCGGACAGGACUGCUCCCUUCUCGCCUGAACCAUGCCAUCGUUACUGGUGGCGGUCACUUGAAAAUGGACGUGCCCUUGUGCCGGGAUUAUCUGAACGGAGACUGUAAGCGAGGCUCCAAGUGCAAGUAUCGUCAUGAGAAUGAAAAGGGAGACUACGACCGCAUGCAUCACCACCGGCGCAACGACCGCCACUACGACUACGCUCCCCAGCUGAAGCGUCGUAGGGGGGAUGAUGAGUACGAGAGCAUACGUUCCGGGAUCAGUUUCUCUCUUCUGGAAGAUGAAAACAUUAUGCUCAAGCGGAAGAUUGAGGAACUGAAGAAACAGGUGUCGGAUCUUACCGCCAUUAACGAGGUCCUGCUGGACCAGAACGCACGUUAUCGGAUUAGUAAAGCGACAGCAUCCCUUCAUGUUCCUUCCAACCAAAAUCUGCCAACAAUGGCCUUGGGCGCUACGGUCAACCCUGGGCAUGCGCAAGCCAGUAUCAAUCAGAUGAACUCGGCGCUGACCCAGCAAGUAGCGCUAAACAGCGACCUGGCCACUCAGCAUGCCAUCGCUGCCCAACGUAUGGCGGCGGCGGUCGCCCAGUCUCGGGCCCCACAGUCCGCCAUGGGGGUGAGUCCAUCCGUCACGCUGACCCAGAACGUAGCCAGCGCCCUGGCCCUGACACAGAGCAACAUGUCCGUGUCCAUGGCUUCCAUGCCGCAGCUUCACGUGGCGCAUUCUCUGACCCAGAACCUUGGCGCUCCUUCCACUACGUUAGUGUCCUACCCUAUCAUGUCUCACAGCAUGCGCUCGGCUGUAGAACCAAGUAGUCUAACGCAUUAGAACCACCCCACUAGCGCUAUACAUGGACAAAUGAUGAGAAUGUGGAGAUCUGCGAGUUGGUGGCAAGUCCAAAAGAAGCUAUGUCAGUUUGUACAACAAUUAAGUUUGACUUGACAAAAGACCGGAAACCAAAGUCUGUUGGGGGAAAGGGUCAAUGAUGAUGUCCUUCACUAACUAUGGUACUCUCAGUACUUCAUGAUCUCUAGGGAAAACAACCGGGAAAAUCAUUACCGGGAAAAACUCCGAGAGAUAACAUUCCCAGAUUUUUAUGUCCUCUGAGCAGAUUGCUACAGUAUUUGGUCUCCAGAUUGGCGAGAAGAUGGGGUUGGGGGGGGGGGUCAAGGGUCGGAUUUCUUAGUUAUUUGAAAUGAAAUAGCUUCAUAUUCCUUUAAACGUAUGCGCGCCAUCUUGUUUUUUGUCAUUUCCUUAAGCUCAUUAAGUGUAUUGGAGUGAGCAGCAUCUAACUUAGUUUGGCGGGAACUUGCAAGAAUGGAAAAUGUCUGUGGUCCCUGUGUGUUUACAUGUGAGAUCGAUGAGCUUCUUGAGUAGGAUGAGAUGGUGCUGGAGUCCAUACUGCCCUGGUGGGAGAUGUAGAGAUUCGAGUAUAGCAUGCUAGACUUCAUCAAAUUGUUGGUGUAGGAUGCUAGACUCUACAAGAUUUGGAUAGAUUGAAGUAGAAGAUGAAAGCUUUGUGUAUAGUUUGAGGGUGUAUGAGGCUAGACUGUGGAAAUAUUGGCACAUUACAAAGAUAUGUCAUAGCAGUCUUUAGAAGUCAAUUGUACAAACAGGAUGUGGCAUGGAGGUGGGUCUAAGUUGAUCGCCAUCUUUGCGACUUCUCUUAUUUCACAAACAGUGUGAGGAAGUAGAGCGAAAAUCUUCAUUUUUUUUAUUUUAUAAUUGAUUUUUUUUUUUUUUUACUUUUUCAACUUUGUUAAAAAUUUCCUUUUUUUCCCCCCUACUAUUCAGAACCAAAUCAAAACUUGGCAUCUCUACAGAUGCCAGUUUUAUUUGUUAUGUUAAUGGUUAUCUUUUAUUUACUUUGUCUGCUUUGUAUAUAACCCUAUCUGUUGAUUUGAUGCUUUGUUUAUCUUUGUUUUGUUUUGUUUUUAUACAUUAUUGUUUUAUGAUUCCAGUGAGUUACACAAUAUACUGUGUAGCCUGAGUUGAGUAGGAUGAAUAGAAUCACAUGGUUGACAUGUGAGAAGGGGAAAGGACAACUCAACAGACCAAAUUUGUUUUCAUCUAGUUUAUUGCAUCUGAUCACUUCCUUGACAACGUAUACAUUCGAGUUAAGACUCUUGAGUUGUUUGGUUUCUUUAACAACAAGAAAGAAAAAAAAAUUAGAAUGUUGGUGGGAUUUCUGUUUACUAACCACAAUAAUAACAAUGAUUUGAGUACAUUAUGAGGUCCUAGUCUUGUCGGCUGUUGUAUCAACCAGGUAGUUAUAGUUGUUUAAAGUUGGAAGCACUACCUUGAGCUCAUAUAGUUUCAUCAUUACCCUAAUAGAAUCUUAUUUUUAAACCACAGUUUCCUUACCGCUAUUCACCACUCUAAAACUGUUUUUUCAAAUACAUGUAUUGUGUUCUGAAUGGAGUUACAAACCACUGUCUAAGAUUGAGCUGCUGAAGUGUCUUAAAGUCGGUUACUAAAGACUGUAGGGCUGAGAAGUGUCAAAGAAGCUCAUUUCUGAAUUCAGCUGCACGUAUGAUUCCAAUCUCACCAUGUAAUGUCCCACCCAGAAAGUGUUGACUGGAACGGUAGGCUACUGUGUUCAUUUCAACUUGGUAAAUCCAAGUCACUUGUCUUAUAGACAUUGGACAUGACGAAAGAUAUGCUCUAAAUGGUCCAUCAUGGUUCCAAGUUCCUACAUGAAGAGAGCAUGACCCUCUGACAGGUGCAGCAUUGUUAGCCGUUCCACUACUGGUGAGGGACACGUUCUAACCACUGUUCUUUAUUUAUUCAACAGAUUUCUACGAAAUAUUCCCAGUUGAAAAGAGACUUUUUUUUUUAUUUUGAUGGUUUGCUAAUUCCUGUCUCUAAUGAAUGAAUAGCGUGAGUUCAACUCAUUGUGGCGCUUCCUCGCUCAUCACGAGAUGUGCCAAUGAUUAAAAGAUGCUAGUUGCAUAAUUUAUUUCCAUUAACAAACCGUUCAAGCAGCACUGUUGUUUUUUUUUUGUUGUUUUUUUUAUUUGUUCCCCCCCCCCCCCCCAAAGAAUCGUGUUUCAUUGCACUAUAAAACAAAUGUCUAAUACCUUGGAAAUGACGUCCUAAGUCCGGGUUACUUCAACAUCAUGUGACCGUCAUUAAAAACAAAAACCUGGAUGUUUAGAACUUUUAUCAAAGAAUGUAGAAACACGUGACAUUCAUUGGCUUAUCACUCAGGCAUUCACAAUUAGAAUCAUUUCAAUAAGACAGAUUUCAUUCUUGUAAAUAUAGAGUUUGACAUUAUUAAGCACUGUCUCAGCGUAGUGAAUGCAUAGACUAUACACAUCUUGGUCCCAUUGUCUUGGUGACAUUGCUUUUUUGUUCCUAUAGUCAGUACUCUGCAGCGUUCAAGUGGUGAUAGAGGUAUAUAAUGUUGGCCUACCUGUGUUUGUGUGUGGGUUGUCUGUCAAUAUCGUUUAUAGUGAUAUCAGUCUUGAGGUCUUACAUCUCCUAUAUGUGUUUCAAUUGAUAUUCAAUAUAUUUGUUAAGAUGUAUUUUAAAAGAUUGGAACCAAGGAAGCUCAAGAAACACAACACGGCGUUACCCUUAGCUCAUGUUGGUAACACGCGUUGGUAAGCCUGUGAUCGAUACUCUCUAGUGAGUUUUUUUUUCUUACUUGACCAUUUUCUGUCAAAGUUGUCAUGCUGGCUUUUGACCUGACUGGUCAACCCAGCCACCUAGUGGUCAGACUGUUUUGUCUAACACUGUCAAAUGAUGACUGAUUGGCCGGACUUACACCCAGUGCGAUCAAUUCUGGUCUCACGGCGGACAGUAAUGUAUUGAGUUUUAAAUAGCUUCUAACUGGCCAGGCCUUAGAUCCAGUCUAAUCAAUCUUGUUCGAAAGACUAAUUCUAUUUUUUUUUUCUUUUCCUCAAGACAAACUGAAAUACAGUACUAUACUUCUGAAGUGACUUUUUUUUGUGUGGUCAUUUUCAUGUCUCAAAUUUUGUUGUUGUUUUGUUUAUUAUUUGUGUGUGUUCAUUAGUUCCUGACAAGUUCAUUCCUAUCACUGCAACAUCCGUCACACCAAAUGUUCCUUCAGUCUGUUCUCUCUGUCUCUACCUUUAUGUACACUACUGACGACAAUGAACAAUAAAACAUCAAGUCUAGUUGAUACAAAGUUUAGUGUCCCCAUGAGACCAUCUGAGUGGUCCACUUUGUUAGGCAUGUUUUGCAUGUGCAUAGAAGUUGUGCUCUGUUCCUUCUGACAUUUUUACUGAUAAUACAUAGGAAACAACUAACAAAAGUGUGUUUCACUAAUGUAUCGUCGGAGCCACCAAAUAAUGUCCAACCAGAACAAUGUGAAUGUAAAAUCUCAUCUUAGAAAGGUGAGAGGACUCUGUUGUUAUUUGUGUGUCUAUCUCUGGUGAAUUGAUGACCUUCACAUCAUCUGCCCUAUAGAUCGCUGGAUCUGAAAGGAGAGAGAGACAAUGAACAUGAUAUUGAAGAGUUUCUUUGAUUAGUUAAGCCUCGUUGUAGACAUCACGUGGCUGGUGCCAUUCAUUAGCUUCUUAAAUUGUUGGAACGGUACGGGAAGUAAGGAAGUAAAUUGUGACAACUUGAAAUCGCCGAUGAUGUCAGGACGGCGAUACAACAAAAUGUGACUUUUGUUUUCAUUUGUUCUGCAACUUUGAAAUCUUUGUAGAUCUUGUUUUAAGGUGUGUUAGUUCGUAUUCAGUAUUCGUGAUAAAACUACUAGUAUAUUAACUUCACUUUGUGUAGUUGUGGAUGGGAUUUUACAACAUAUACAUAUAAAGAAAUAUGUUCUUCAAUUGUUUAUAUCUUUUAAAAUGUUUGACAUAAUAUAAUCUUAUGUAUUCAUCCUUAAUCCCAUGUGAUGGGCCUAUCAAUGGAUUCAGCUCUGUUGUACUCCAGUUAGUACAGUUUGACACUCACAGUUUACUGUUGGAAUGAUUUUGUUUGAUUCUUAUUUUUUGCUAAAUCUUUCAACAGAACCUAAUGAUAUUUUUUAUACAAUGUACUGAUCAAGUCCAUUUAAAAGAAAAUGUCCUGUACUGAGAAUUAUAUUUGUAAAUAAUAAUCAUGUCACAUGAUAUUUGUUGUAUUAUGAUACAUUCUUUAUCUCAAAUUGUUAGUCACGAAUAAUUGAUGAUUGAAUUUUUUUUUCCUUGGGGAUUCAAUAUUUUAUUGUGGAAAUUAAAAUUUUACUUUUCAAAACAGUC